GCUUACGAAAUAAACAAGAGAAGCAUGCAUUGUUGUGUAUCAAAUUUGAUAAGCAAGCAAACAUUAUUCAGAGCUCUCUUAUAUGUAAAUCUAACAGUACAUGUACUGGCUUAGAUAUUAGUGAAAAUGGAGAUUUUCUGGUUAUUACUUUUGUUCAAACAAUUCGAGUAAUUGAUUUGAAAUCGAUUAAUGACACAUCAAAUCAGGCAUGGCCAAAAUAUAUUCAUCCAACGAGUAUUUCUUGUGUUGCAAUUAAUUCACAUAAGGGAUUUAUCGCUAUUGGUGAUAUUGCUGGCAAAAUUACUUACUGGUAUUGUCUUGACAAAUUGCAACUAGAAAAUCCUGUAACAUCUGAAUUUCAUUGGCAUGCACAUAAAGUUAAUUCCCUCGUUUUUUCAAGUGAUGGUAAUUACUUAGUAUCUGGCGGAGAAGAAGCCGUUCUUAGCAUUUGGCGAGUUGAAGAUGGUCACGUGAUGUUUGUUCCUCGACUUGGCGCCGAAAUUACCAGUAUCUCGAUUAGCCUUGACCAGGCUACAUAUGCUGUUGGUUUAUUGGAUAACUCAAUAAAAUUGAUUUCCAUGAUUAAUUUUUCAUUAAAGCGGGCUUUACAGGGGUUAAAAUAUAAGCAAAAUGAGUCUUGUACAAAUCCGUUGUCCACUGGCCUUGUCUUGGAACCUAAGAACCAUGAUGUCGUCCUAAAUGGCCUUCCUGGAACUAUUCAGUUUUACAACGUUUACUUGGAUAGACAUGUAAUGGAACUCGAAAUUUCGGUAACGAAUAGGGUAUCGAGAACUUUCGAAAAAGAAAUCGUUCGUCACUCUGUAAAACACGUUUGUUUUUCUAAAAAUGGGAAUUGGAUGGCAACGAUUGAUGCAAGAAAUGAUGGAGUAAACACUCCUGAAUUAUACUUGAAGUUUUGGCAUUUUGAUCCAAAUUCACAUAAUUAUCAGCAGCAUUGUCGUAUUGAUUAUCCUCAUUCUGAAGAUAUUUUGUCAUUAUGUUUUCACACUGGCACAAACGACAAUGAUCCAAUUUUUAUUACAACUAGUCUUGACACAAAGUUUAAAAUAUGGCAACUUAAUAAAUCGAACGAUGAUGAUUCCAUCGUAGCAGCCGUUUGGGCUUGUGGCUUUAUUGGUUCCUACAAAAAAUUUAUUCCAAGAAUGGCUGCUGUUUCUAAAGACGGAGCUGUACUCGCAGUUUCAUUUAAUAACACAAUAACUUUAUGGGACGCUUGUAAAUUUAAACUUAAACGAACUUUACAGUGUAUGCCUAGUAAUGAAAAUGUGAAGCAUAUUUUAUUCACUAAUGACGAGCCAUUUCUUGUAUCGACAACAGAUACAUUUCUUUACGUUUGGAAUCUACUUACAUGUGACGUUUGGUAUAGGCAUAUAUUAGAAGUUGAACUAGUCGCUCUGGAUCCAAACAGCUCCGAUUUUGUGGUUGCUUGGAAUAACAGAUUUUUGAAAGAAUGCCAGCUUAUGAUUUUUAAUCCAAGGCAUAACAAUCCUUUAAGAGUUCAUAAAAUGAAGCAUGUUGUUGAGUCAUUGACUUACUUGCCUAGACGUUCAGAUGACUUAGAGGAAUCAUUUCCUGGACAGAAAUCUGACAUAUUAUAUAUUACUGAAAAGAAUGACAUGCAUGUUUUAAAUGAACUUUCGCCAAUUAAGCCUAAGGUAUCAUCUCAGAAGUUGGAAUCAACAUCGCAUUCUUAUUUCUCAGAUAUUUUUGGUAACAAAGCGGAAAUUUCGGUGCAGAAAUGUGUUUUGUGA